GUUAGUCACCUAUUCGCACUUCUUUAUGAAAUUAACAUAACAUGCAGUGAUGUAAGAACUAGUGAAGCACAGGAACAAUGUUGUUGGGCGAGUGUUGGACACGGCGAGCGCCCUAGUGCAGUAGCUGGCCCGGCACGCUCCGCCCGCCUGCUUCAAAAAUAAAUCACGGCAAAUCAAUUGAUUUCAUUCAUCUGAUAACAAUCAUUAUAUUUAUAAUACCGCAAUGAUAACCGCUAUUAUCUCUCAUAUAAAUUCUAUCAGUAACGAUUAAUCACCAGUGUAACAAUUAGGCGGGCUAUUGCACACACUAACUGUAACGUACCGGAUAUUUUUUCAAAGAAAAGUUAGGUGAUAUUCCUUUGGUGUAAUGUGAUCAUAUUCAAGCUAAUCUUUAAAAGUGGGUGACCGUUACUAUAAACAUUUACGUACUUUGACCGGUGAAGUUCGCGAUGGGGAAUUCGAAUACCAAGAAGACAAAGAAGGUGCCGGAUAAAUUCUUCGAGCGCGAGCGAAUGAAGGAGCAGAAGCGAGAGGCGCUGAAGAAGAAGAAGAUGAAUCCGGCGAACAAGCGCACGGCAGCCAAGGAGGGCCCCUUGGGGACUGCAGGGCCGCCGCCGCCCCCCGCGCCCCCCGGCCCCGCCUCGCCCCCGCAGCAGCGCACCUACCACUCCGAGGCGCUGGCGCGCAUGCGCUACCAGCUCGACGAAGACGCAGACGCCUUCCUGCUCAACAACAUACUGCUAUCUGUACAAUUCUUUGAAAACUACGAGAGGGAGGUGCAGCACAUCAAGAACAACCCUAUAAACGAGCGCGAGCACGAGAUCGACCAGGCGAUGGUGGCGCACCACAAGCACGUGUUCUUCGCGGACCGCGUGCGCGAGAGCGUGCACGAGCGCGUGCGCGUGCGCGGGCGCGCCGGCCUGGAGCCGCUGUCCGCGCCGCGGCUCUACGUCAUCUACGACAACAUCGAGGCCUGCGAGCGCGGGGACACCUCCGACUACAGCGCCGUGCUCGACGCGCCCUUCUACAAACUGGAGGUCGAAGACUGCAGGGAAGCAGGCUUUAUAAAACUGAAGAAAUUGGAAGUUCUAGAGAGUGAAGCCACAAAGAUUAAAGAAGUGGCCUUGGAGAAUACUCGAAAUAGUUUAUCAGAAGAUAGUUUUUUUACCGAUUCUGAGAGAGAAUCUUAUGAUACGGAUGAUGAUCCUUCAGAUAUUGUAUCAGGGCAAGUAUUGUUAGAAAAACUUAAAAACAAAUUAGCUGACCCGCGUAAAGACAAUUUCAAGAUACGAAAACCUCUGAAUAUGAAACUGAACAGUCCCACCGACACUCCAGGUAGAAGACGCAGUGGACCAAUUAGACAGUACAGCCCACAGGCUAAUAAGAGCAAUAUAUCAAACAUAAAAGAAAUAUCAAAACACAAAUCACCUGUGUUGGAAGAAAAAGAGGAACCUUUACUUGCAGAUGAUAACCACAAUGAUCAGGCUGAGUCAAAAGCUACUAAGUCAAUCCUAAAAUUAUCUGGUUCAAAACAAUCAAAUGUUUCGCUAACUCAAAUUUAUUCCAACGGAAGCGACGACACUGAAACAUCAGGAUAUAGAUCAAAUUCAAGUAGUCGACAAAAUGAGAGUGAAACAGAAUCAGAAUACGGUUACGCGACCAUUACAGAAUCAGCUACCCCUAAACCAAUAGAAUUGAGUAUCAAAUCAAAUAUAUCUGCAAACACAGGAGUUUUGCCUGAUGAGUGUUGGAGUUUAAUGCGUGUGCAAGCUGUCGACAGCGUGUCGGACGAAGAAGAAGAAGACGAUGAUGAUGAUGAGUCAAGAAAAGAUUCGAAUGAAUUAGAGGUUAAAAGCUUGUACGAAAAUUACUACUAUCUUAACUCCAUCACUUUCAUGACAAAUUUUGUCGAUAACUUUAUGUUAAAGCUUAAAUCUGGGCUUGGGGUAUCUGAAGAAUCUAUUGAUAAUGCACUUACUCAGGGCGCCAGUAUAUACUGUGAGUGUGUAAAAAAAGAUAUUAACAUGUCUUUCGAAAUAAUACCUGCGCUUUUAGCAGCUUGGCCGAAUGCUGCCAAUCAAUGGAUAAUAAGAGAAAGAAGAAUCAUCCAAAAUCCCAGGACGAAUAUAAAAUACCAGUGGCCCACACGAUACAUGGUUAAUAAGGCUGUUGGCUUCGGUUGCUUACUUGUACCAGUCGGGUUUAGACCGAAGAGGGGUUCGAACCCUGACCAGCGGCUACAAUGGAAGAUUUCAUUCCCGGCUGCAGAACGCUACCUAGAGAGCUGUUUAGCUCACGCACAAAUGAGGUGUUACUUGUUUGCAUUAGCACUGCAUAAAUCUUUUUUGGAGAAUGAAUCUACCAAAAUUGGAAUCGAUGCUAGUCAUAUAAAAAAUCAUUUGUUUUGGCAAUGUGAGGCUGACUACUCAAAAUGGCCAGAGGACCGACUUGGAGAAACUCUGAGGAUAUUUUUGCAAACAUUUUAUGCCCAUUUUGCCCAAGCAAAGUUUCCCAAUUAUUUCAUCGAACAGUGUAAUGAUUUCAAAAGCAUCCCUCAACCCUUGUUGUUAAAACUACAACGGAAGCUUGCAGACAUUUUAGAAGCUCCUGUGAUGCAUGUUCUAAGUGCGGUAGGAAAGCUUAAAUAUAUGAAGAAAGAUUUCUACCCGAAAUUUAAUAGCCAAAAGCUCUAUUACAUACUAACGUGCAAAAAUCCAUUGAGGGUAAUAAACCCAAACAUACCAGUAGCUAACACCAAUGACAGCACUGAUGACGAUGAAGACCCGGACGCUGGCACAAAUAUUUGGGAAAGAGCCAAAAAGCACGAUAAACAUUAUCAGUGGAAAAUAAAACAACAGCAGCAAAAACAAGUUGAAAAGAGAAAGGCUGCGCUUCUGCAAUCCAAAAAACAGAAAGCCUCAAAACCAGCAGGAAUACACAUUAAUCCGAAGGUCAUGCUUCCAAAAAAAUUGGACGUGGAGAGACGCCGGCUAGUACUGGAAUUUUUCAUCCCACAUUUCAUUGCGAUGGCGCGGUCGAGCGAAAGAUUUGAGUCAAUUAGGCAGGCCUUGAUAUAUUUAGAGCAUGCCCAACUGCUCUGCCAUCUACUGUUGGAUGAGGCUGCUGGGGAAAUGACAGCUAACGAAUACUUGGAUGUAAUAAGAGACAAGCUGGCAGACUGCCAGCGGAAACUAGUGAACCAGGGUGGCUUCAAUUUGCCUGAAAGAAAGGAGCGACCAGUAUCUCGGAAUAAUUUGCCUGUGAGAAAACAACGUCCAAGAUACCCCAACAUAGUGAACCAGGACUCCCCCACGGACCUCCGCACUUCGAGCUUCACCUUCGUGGACGUCCACGCCGCCGGGCCCUCCUCACCCAAUAGAAGAGCAUCCAGGUUCAACAUCAAUUUCGAAAAUGACUUUGACGAUGAGGAAGAAUCGAAACUGUAAGAAAUUACAGAAAUUCAUCUUGAUUCGUUUGGAAAUUUCGUAAAACAGUAGAAUCUCCUUGUUAUGUCCUGAGUUUACUUUUAUGUAAGACCUUAAUAUAGGCAGGCACUUCAUUAAUAUUAGAUCUUAGUGACCCUUAAUUAUAGUAUACUAUGAAAAUUACUUUGUUAAAAUUAUGUAUAUGUACCGAUCGUAGUAUGUAAUUUGAAGUAAUUGUUAUUUACAGUAAGUAGGUAUUAUUAAUGGAUUCUACAGACACAUCAACACACUAUCGCUAAGCGAUAAAUUCCUCGAAAUUAUUUGUUUUUUUCAAAGAUAAUAAAAUUAGUAAUUCCUGUUUUAAAAUAUUGAUUACAUUUUAUGUAUAACAUAAGUAACGUCUAAACAAAGUAACUGAUUAUAAUCUAGAUCUACCAACAACAACCUACCGUGGGGAACCGUGCUAAGUAUAGAAGAAAAAUAUUUCAAAAUUUGUCAGGAGCUCGGAAAAAUCCGGGUAUGAAACUUUACUAAGUUUAAAAAAAAAACAUUUUGAUGUAAAUAUGACUUAUAUACUUACUUCAUCUAUAAUUAGCUACGAUGACUGUUUAUUCAAAUAAAUAUAAUUAUAUUUUAUCUGAAUAUAAUCUAA